GGCUGGAAGCUUAAACUUGAAAAGCAGCCAUCACAGCCCAUCCAUUCACAUCUGCUCAAUGAGGCGACAAGGACUCAUAGUGAGACUGGAUGGACAGGACAUGAGCAGUUCACUUUGUCUCUGCCGCAGGGAGGAGAAACUGACAAAGCGACUGACCAGAACUCCACUGGAGCGACCACUUUAUCAAGAGUUAAGAGUCCACCAUGGGAGACUGGAGCUUCUUAGGUAAUAUUUUAGAAGAAGUGAAUGAACAUUCAACUGUAAUUGGCCGUAUAUGGCUCACGGUGCUCUUCAUCUUCCGCAUACUUAUCCUGGGAACAGCAGCAGAGUUUGUCUGGGGAGAUGAGCAGUCUGAUUAUGUGUGUAACACAAAGCAACCUGGAUGUGAGAAUGUAUGUUAUGAUGAGGCAUUCCCUAUUUCCCAUAUCCGCCUAUGGGUGCUACAGAUUAUUUUUGUGUCCACACCCUCAUUGGUUUACAUUGGUCAUGCGGUUCACCAUGUCCACAUGGAGGAAAAACGCAAAGAGCGGGAGAAUACAGAGAUUCGGCGCCAGCAAGAAAUAAACAGCAAACAGCUUCCUGUCACAGCAGAUGUGGGAAGUGUGCAAAUGACCAAAGACACUAGCACUGAUGGAAGUAAAAAUUUUCGUCUUGAAGGCACUCUACUAUGCACAUACAUAUGCCAUAUCAUCUUCAAAACACUAUUUGAGGUGGGAUUUAUCGUGGGGCAGUACUUUCUGUAUGGCUUCCACAUCCUUCCACUGUAUAAGUGUAGCCGCUGGCCCUGCCCUAACACAGUGGACUGUUUUGUCUCGCGACCAACGGAGAAAACCAUCUUCAUCAUCUUUAUGCUAGUUGUUGCUUGUGUCUCACUUGUCCUGAACUUUGUGGAGAUUAUCCAUCUAUGUUUGAAAAAGAUUCAAUAUGAGUUCUGUCAGACAGCUCCAGCCCAGGUUGAGACUCUUGUCUCUCCUGAGAGAAGCUUGCCAUUCCUCCUUAGUCCUGCCUUUCAUAAGCCAAAAGGUUACAGGCAACUUGAAGAGGACAGAAAGGAGGAUGAAGUUGCACACAUCUACCCAUUAGCUGAAGCAGGAUUGGACGAAGACCAGCUUCUUUCUCUGUCUCAGCAGGUGGAGCAGAAGAGAAACAAUGAGGUAGUAGUACCUACAGCGCCCCCUAUGGAGGAGUCAGAGAUGUAUGAUGAGACAAUCUCAGCCUUUACUGAGGUCACCAAGACUUUUCUUGAGCUACCACCAACUGAAGAGGAGAAAAACUGCAGAGAAGGGGAUGAGGUGGACACUUCCAUACUUGUGAUCCCCUUACAUGUAGAACUGGGAAAGACAUCAAAGAAAGAAUGCAUGGAGGAGACCAAGACAAUUAUUGAUGCAAAACAAGGAGAUGUAGCACAACCUAUAGAAGACCUGGUUAGAAAUGACACAGUGACAGAUCAACAAUUGGAUGUGGAGAUUAAGUCAGGACAGGGUGGAUCAGAGGUUGAUGAAGUUCUAGAAGAUAUUGAGGUAAUUGUAGAAGAUCCAGAAAAGGCUGAGGGAUUGGGAGUAUUUGGGGAAGUACCAGAAAAUAUUGAGGAGGUUGUGGGAGUACCAGAAAAUGUUGAGGAGGUUGUAGAACAGCCAGAAAAUGUUGAAGCAGUUGUAGAAGUACCAGAAAAUGUUGAGGAGAAUCUAGAUAUACCAGAAAAUAUUGAGGUUUUAGAAGUGAGAGAAAAUUUUAAGGAGGUUGUAGAACUACCAGAAAAUACAGAGGUUGUGGGAGUACCAGAAAAUGUUGAGGAGAUUUUAGAACUGCCAGAAAAUGUUGAGGUUGUAGAACUGCCAGAAAAUAUUGAAGCAGCUGUAGAUGUACCAGAAAAUGUUGAGAAUAAUAUAGAUGUGCCAGAAAAUGUUGAGAAUAAUGUAGAUGUGCCAGAAAAUAUUGAGGAGAUUUUAGAAGUGAGAGAAAAUUUUGAGGAGGUUGUAGAACUACCAAAACAUGUUGAGGUUGUGGGAGUACCAGACAAUGCUGAGGAGGCUGUAGAACUGCUAGAAAAUGUUGAAGCAGUUGUAGAAGUACCAGAAAAUAUUGAGGAAAAUAUAGAUGUACCAGAAAAUAACAAGGCAGGUUUAGAAGUGAGUGAAAAAUUUGACAAGGUUGUGGGAUUACCAGAAAAUAUUGAGGAGGUUGUGGGAAUACCAGAAAAUGUUGAGGAGGUUGUGGGAAUACCAGAAAAUGUUGAGGAGAUUAUAAAACUACCAGAAAAUAUUGAUGCAGUUGUACAUGUACCAGAAAAUUUUGAGGAGGUUAUAGAACUGCCAGAAAAUGUUGAAGCAAUUGUAGAAGUACCAGAAAAUGUUGAGGAGUUUGUAGAAGUACCAGAAAAUGUUAAAGAUGGUGUAGAAAUCCCAAAAAAUGCUGAAGAGGUUAUUAAAGUACCAGCAAAUAUUGAAGCAGAACUCCCAGAAAAUGUUGAAGAGGUUAUAACAGAAAAUUCUAUGGAGGUUACAGAUGUUCAAGAAAAAAAUGAUGAGCUUAUAAAACCACCAGAAAAACAUGACCUGGUUGCAGAAGUUCCAGGAAAUGUUGAUGAGCUUGUUAUUCAUGAAAACAUUAAGAAGCUUGUAGAAGAUCCUGAAAAUACCAAAAAGGUUGUAGAUGUUCCAAAAAAGUUUGAGGACCUUGUUGAUUUUCAUGAAAACAUUGAGAAGCUUAUAGAAGAUCCUGAAAUUACAGAAAAGUUUGAGGAGCUUGUGGAUUUACAAACAGAAUAUCCAGUGAAUAAAGAGCUGGCAGAGACAGAGGAGCUUAUAGCUGAAGCUCAGAACUUCUCUUUAGAUGAAGAGAAAGCUGUAGACCCCUUAUGGAAGGAGAAACCUUUAAAGGUUAUUCUAUCUGUAGGGGAGGAGGAUGUAUCGAGGGAAAUCAAGAGGUCAGAUAUACUCGAGGGUGCAGAAGAGACACUCAAUUUAGAGUUUAGUGCAGAGGGACCCAAAAUAGAAAAUUCAUCUAAGGUGGAGUCAGUAGAGGAUUGCGUCUCUACAAAGGAAGUAGUAGAUUUCACUGAUGCUUUGGAGACAGGCAAGUUAUUCAGCAAUCCCGAGGAGGUUACAGGCACUGGAGCACAAGGUAGUGGAGGGAAAACUAAAGAUCCUGGAAUAGUGGAGAGUUUAGAAUUGGAGGUUAGGUUACCAGAGAUGCAGAGGCUCGAAGACACAAUUUCAGUCCCUAGUCUUAUACCUCUGGAAUUGGCAGCAGCAGAGACAGUGGAAAAUACAAGAGCAGUGAGACGGCUUAGAACAGGGAGCAGCAGAGUGAGGUCAGAUGAUCUUACAAUAUGACAUUUACACAUGAGCUGAACCACAGAUAUGCUUAUUUUAAUACUAAAAAAGCAAUGAAAUAAUAAUCAGUAUUUUUGUUUUUUCCCCCUCUUCCUUAUCAUUUUAUUUCACUGAGAAGUUUUGUUCAUUGAAAUCAUAUUUCUGAUAUUCUUGUUCUGUUUAUGCUAUCUGAGGUCCAACAUUAAAAAACAAGUGUUAGACCAUGUUUAACUUUAAGCAAAGUCUUGAACUAGUAUUAUUUUGUAGCUAAUGGUAACUAAUCACUAAUCAACUUUAUUUAUGUAUUUGUUUAUUUAUCUAUUGAUUUAUUUACUACUACUUCUA